AUGCAACCAGGGAAAUCUCUUUCACAUGCAGGUCGGAGGCGACAGCAACGGCAGCUCGAAGCUUCCCCGCCUCCCACCUCGCGAGUCCCUGCGCGUCAGCCUCCCCGUCGUGGUAUGUUCAUACCUGCAUGCAGUUCUGGAGACCCCGAGGCCGCGCCUCAGCCUUUCCUAGGUGGGGAGGCCUCACACUUUCCUGGGAGGUCCUCUGAAAAUGGUUUGCGUCCCCGCAAAACCGAGCGCGUGUCGAGGAACGGAGAGCCGAUUUUUGAUCCGGACCCGGAGCCUCUGCUGUCGGGCAUCAAGCGAGAGCGCAUGCAAGCUUGCUCGGGUCUCGCGGCUGCCUUUCUCGACCUAGAAGGCCACUUCCACAUCCGCAGCACGCGAGCGUCGGAGCUGGGGGAGGAGCAACUUCGUUUGUUUUCUCGGCUUCAAGAGGGUCGGUCGCGAACUUGGAGAGAGCCGAGCUGCGACGUGUCUGCGGCGACGCACUCCAGCUUUUGCGCUCAAAACCCAGAGAAGGGCGUCGGCGAAGCUGCCGAGCUCGAGCGCACGACCUCGCCUGCGUGCAGGGAGCGCAGAACUGGUGGAGAGGAAGAAAACGUUUCCGACGAAGAAUUCUACGACGCCACUGACGCCUGCGAUGUCGCUCGCGAUGCCCCAGAACGAUCAUUUUCACCGCGACGGAGCCCUGCGUCUGCUAGGCCCGCCCAGGGAGGCCACGACGAAGAAGCUACUUCGUCUUGUUUCGAGGGCGAGCGAAGCUGGCCGUUGCUCAGGCGAAGAGAACACGGAGACGCGAGUGCGUUCUUUACGACAAGGGAAGGCAGAAGCACCGAAAGCGAGUGCAGUGAUGCACGUGGCAGACAACGGUCGGCAUACGACCAGGCGCGGGUCGUCAGACAGUGCUCCUUCACCACUGCGGUUGAGGCCUAUUUUCCGACGGCAGACAAAGAAAGUUCUGUCGGCGGGAGGCUCUUGUCGCGACGCUCUUCGAGUGUAUCUUCACUGGAAGAGGGUGUCCAUACACUGUACCGCGACGCCGGCAGGCGAGGCCUCGCGAGCGAGAAGGGCAGCGAGGAAUUGAGAAACUCUGUCGCCACGCCGCGAGGAGAAUUCCUCGCGGCAUUUGACGCCACAGGUCUGCGAUUUCAGCAGCACAACGUGGAGUCUCGUCAAGAGAAGAUCGAACAAGAAAACGAACAUGGACGCCACGAAGAUACGGCGGAAGGCGUAACUCCAGUCGACACGCAAGGAAAAGAAAGCCGAGAUUCUCGUGCAGGUUGUGGGAGGGAAAAGAUCGACGAACGCAUAGGGUCUGCUGCAGAGGAAUCUUCGAGGGUCCCGGGAGACAGAGAGACAAACGGACUUCCAGAUGGAGAGCUUCGUCACUGCGAUUGCUCGGAAAGUCCCGCAGCGUCGCCCUUUGCGAGUUCGGCAGUUUCUACGUCGGUCGCGCCUGCCUUGUCACGCUUCGUGUCUCUUGGAUCUUCUGGAAGUCAGAUGCUUCGAAGCGGCGUUUCGAGUGUCUCUUUGCCUUCAAAGCGAACAUGGAUGACACGGUCAGUUAAUGCCGUCAAACGACUCGGGGGCCGCAGGCAACUCUCUGGCGAGUCGACGACUAGUACAAGGACGAAUCUCUCAGCAACCGGCGCGAGCUCACGAAUGGUCACUACAGAUGGGAAGACAGCGACGUCUGCAGUGCCUCGCUCGGGAGGCCGCGGAGCCCAACAUGCAGGCGCCGAUUAUGCUGGACUGCACCCCUUCCCUGCCGUUUUGAAGCGGAGCGUGACAAAGGGAAACAAGCACCAGCCUCCACUUUCGGAGGUCUGGUGCGUGAGGGCGAUAGAAACAGGUGACCGCGCGGCCCUUUGGGCGACGGCGAUUUCUCCGGCGGGGGACUGGCUAGCUGCGGCUGGCCAGACGGGUGUGAUUUCUCUUUGGUCGGUUCCUUCGCUCUGCGUCUCGGCCCUUUCUCGACGCGGCCGAGGCGAAGACAAACGAGGAAGAAAGUUUGCGGGCUCUCUGACUGGGAAGAGAGACAGCGAACGACCGCUGCCACAGCGUGAUGGCGCGCAUCUGUCCAUGAAAGACGCAGACAAGAACGAAAUGACUCACGCCGAAACAGUGCAUUUGGAGAAAGUCGACGGAACUAGACGAGGCAGGACUUUCAGAGAGAUGCGCAGUCGCGGCAGCCACGAUGGAGGGAGGUCGACGGCGACAGACGAGGCAUGUGAACAGUGUCAGUCCGAUCCCGGCACGCUCGCGUCGCACGCGCCAGACGGCGGCACCCCUCCCCAGGAAGGACAUGAAAACGAAAUCGUCUGCAGGCCUGCUCACAUGCGAGCUUCUUCGCUGCCAGUUAGCCUCUCUUCUGCUUCGAAUCACCGGUCUUCGCCCUCCUCUCGCCUGGCCUGCGCGUCUCACCUGCGGCGCCGCAACCCGCGGGGUGUACGUACACCGGACUCGGGGGCACGGCCUCUGCGGCCGUUCGCGUCUUUGCCUGGGGAGCGUGUAGGGGUUGUCGGGAGAGGAAAGGCGGCCGUUUGCGGGUUCCCAGCCGAGAGGCGAACCCGAAGUGACGAGACCUCGACUCCAUCUGCUGCUGCGGCAGCGGAGGAAACGAACGGUUCCGAGGCGCCAGCCUGCGGUGGCGAUACACCCGAGAGCGUUCGCGCGAAGGCGCCUGUGGGUGCAGGAGCAAAGAAAGCUUUUUCUCGGGGACUCCGAGCUCACACGGAGGAAGGAGUUGCUUCUCUGUUAGGUCGCGGAGACAGAGAAGCAGGGCGAGAAAAGCGAGAAGAAGCAAAUGCGUCACGUAGCCAAGCGACACCGUGGUUUAUAUCCAACCGGCCGACCCUCUGUCUCACAGGUCACUCGGCCGCCAUCAUCCAGCUUGUCUGGGCGCCUACUCAGAAGGCUGCGCUGCUCCUCAGCGCCUCUCUCGACAAGACGGUGCGCCUGUGGUGGCCGGCGAAGCAGCCAGAAGCCGUCGCGGUUCUGCGGUGUCGGGACUGGCCGACAAGCGUCGCCUUCCACCCGACUUUCAAGAAUGUCGUGUUUACCGGGUGUCUCGACGCGACAGUGCAAGUCUGGAGACUCUUCCCGGUUUCGGACUCGAGUGGCGCCCGCGCCCGCGAGGACCGAGGCAGACGAGAAGAAGGAAGUCGACAGAAAGAAGGAAAAACCCUCUGGGAUGCACGCGUUGUCGAGUACCUGAAAGUCACAGAGCUGGUCACCGCCAUUUCUCUCUCUCCCAACGGGUCCGUCCUCGCUGUUGGCUUCAGAAAUGGAACAAUCGCUUUCUACGACGCUCAGACCCUGAAGUUCCGCAAUGAGUUAGACUGCAGAAACCGGAAAGGGAAGUUCUCAAAAGGGAGGAAAGUGACCAGCCUGGAGUGGCACGCCAGCGGCCUCGCUCUCUGUGUCACGACAAACGAUUCGCGUAUUCGCAUUUUCAGAGCCACGGACCUGUCCUGCGUCGCCAAAUUCAAAGGCCACAUUAACGAACAAAUCAUGUUACGUGCCAACUACACAAACGAAGGAACAGGCUUGGUCUGCGGCUCUGAGAACGGCUGGAUCUGUUGCUGGAAUGUGGCGGAUCCGCGCUCCUCGAUUGCCGACGGCGUGGAGAGGCGAUUCCGCGGGAAUGUUCUGAGCAGCAAGCUGUCGAUUCCCGCGACCAACCGUCGCCCGACGAACGCGAAUUUUGCCGGCAUCAAAGCUUUUACGGAGCUUUUGACUUGCAGUCUGGUUGCGCCUGCGUCGUUCGCGAGUGCGUUGGUGUCUCGAAUUGGAGUCCAUCCGCUGGGGUCUCCGUCAGCGAAGCACACCGGAAGUCGACGUCUGUCUCUGCGGAAGUUUGUGUUUCGCUCGGACAGCGGCGUCAGCGCAGGCUUGCGGGGCGUGCAGGGAGAGACGACGGGUCGUUCUCAUUCCAAAUCGAAUGUGGAUCGCCUCUCCCAUGCGCCUCCAGGCGACAGGCAAGAGACUGUGACCGACGGGUUUUCCUCUGGCUGCCUCCCCGCCCAGGACUCUGCGCUGCCGCGAGACCCGCGCUGUCUCCUGUUGCCCCCGUCGUCGUGUGGGGUCGCAGACUCGCGCCUGUUCAACGUGGGGAAGGGCGAACUCGUGGACAGACAGGGAUCCCAUCUGGCGGCGCUCAAGGCGAUGUGUCUGCCGAAAUAUGGGCGAGGAUCUCCGAGUGGCACUCUGGGGUCGCUCCCGGCUCACGCGAGCGAGGGGGGAGAAGAGGACCUCGACGCGAGGGGUCGAUCGUUGGACAAGGUGGAUUUCUUGGGAAAAAGCAGCCUUUUCUCGUCUGUGAAUCGACCAGGAAGCGACUCUCCAGUUCUUUACAACGGGGGGUCAGAAGCCCCCUACAGCCGACCGCCUUCAGAGUGCGGCUCUGCGGGGUUCGCUCUCGCUGCCCCAGGUCUGAGUGGCUUCCCUGCUAAGGACUUACCUCUGAAGGCCGAGUCGCCUUCGAGUGGUGCGUCGACUCCAGGCCGGGGAGACUACGGGGGUGCAUUCUGCAGCUCUCUGGAUGAGAGAAGAAAGAACCAGGAAGGGGAUCGAUACUACCAUGAAGGGGAAGAACUCCACAUCGCUCUGCCGGCGUCUGUCUACCGAGAGGAGUGUCGGCAACGCAGCUCCAGUACGUCCCUUCCCCUUGUGGUGGUGGCGGGAAGUCACCACGGCAAACUUCGAAUUUUUGUGAACUUUGGUCAGGAACUCCGAAACUUCUAAUGUUCAUUAAGAAACAUUCUUCCUCCUGCCGCCUCCAGUUACGGUUUUGGUUCCAGGGCGACUUCCAGGCUUCUGGGAAGGACGAACCCCAAAAGCGCAGUGUCUAUACCAUAAAAGGAGGAUUGGAGAGAGGCGUGUGUUUUGAGAAGGAUUAUAGCGAUGUGUGGAUUCAGAGGUGUCCUUGGAUGUUUCGUCACUUUCGUGAGUGUAAAUCGAGAAUGUGUUGUUCGAAUUUACGCUUCUUUUUCGAAGCGAACACAGCUUGUUGGCUCAACACAUACAAGACAGCACCGGGAGACGAGACCGUUCUGUAGAGGCCACCCGCGAUUGCUUCUAAAUUUGACUGUUUGAGCGAAUAGUAAAGGGAGCCUUUUUUCUCCCUCUUAUGGUCUCGGUAGGUGUGAUUCAAUGCGAUGGGGAAAUUUCGGCUUAGAAAGGGACUGCGAGCCUGCAGAAGGGAUCCGUCUGGCGGGAAAUAGAGAAAAAGGUCUGUCUUGGAGUGCCU